UCCACUUGCCGGUAUGACAACACAGACGGACACUGUUGGAUCCUGUUCCAAACAGUCUGCGUCUUGACAAACACGAGAUACCAAGUUUACGCGCGGGGAGAGUAUUGGACAGAUCUUUACGCAGCACCAUUAAAGGGGAUUUAAAGUAAGAGGAUGAAGCUGGAGGUGAUGUGCGGGAGCCACUUUGAGGUUUCCAGUGAUGCAGAGAGGGGGAGUGUGCGCUCUUCUCUCUGCGCUGAGGAGGAGCUGGGCUCGGAUGGGGACUGUGUGGCGCACAGCCCUCCACCUGUCACUCCCUGCAGCAGCAGCAGCAGCAGCAGCAGCAAGUCGAAGCCGUACACGCGGAGACCCAAACCCCCGUUCUCCUACAUCGCCCUCAUUGCCAUGGCCAUCAGGGACUCCUUGUGUGGCCGCCUGACUCUGGCGGAGAUAAACGAGUACCUGAUGAAAAAGUUCCCGUUCUUCAGGGGCAGCUACACCGGCUGGAGGAACUCGGUGCGCCACAACCUGUCUCUGAAUGACUGCUUUCUCAAAGUUCUCCGGGACCCGUCGAGACCUUGGGGGAAGGACAAUUACUGGAUGCUCAAUCCUCACAGCGAGUACACGUUUGCUGACGGGGUGUUCCGUCGGAGGAGAAAGCGCAUCAACAAGAAGUUCGGCUCGCAGCAGCAUCAGCCUGAGGAGGAGGCGUCCGAGCCGCAAAGCACUCCACGAUCUGCGACUGCAACCAAGACUGAACCAUGUCCCAAGUUCACUAGUUCAUUUGCUAUAGACAGCAUCCUCAGCACACCGUACAAGAGAGACUCGAACACGGAACAUUUCCCUCUCUACCCUGCAGCUUUCACCUGGCAGCGCUACACUGAACUGAUGACGCCUCAUUCACAUACACCUGCCUCGUUCCCAUGCGUCAAGGCUCCUUCAUGCCACAUGGACUCCCGAGCUGCUGCUCCGCACGUGCCACACUCAGUCCUGCAAUAUCACAAAUAAACUCUCUUCUUAGUGGAUGGUUAAAUAACCAUCAACGUGCACUGAUGGAAAAGAGGAGGCAGGAGGGGACCAUGCAACAAAUACAGAACUUUUUCCCAUCAGUGUUGGGAUUUCAUUUUAAUGUGGCGGCAUAUGGUGUUACACUUAUUUUUGUACCUCUGGUCAUUUCGUUUUAAGGCCCUAUCAGAUAUGAUAUUUUAUACAUAUUUGUUGUUUGUUUUGAAUGUUACUGAAUUGUUCAAUAAACG